AUGGAAGGAGUGUUGCCUGAACUAAUAUUCUAUUCUCUGGUAGCUUUAUGUAUUGUUGUAUGGAUUAUUUUGUUUAUAUGGCUUGGCAAUGUUCUGUAUCUAGAGCCCGGCAACAUCCAGCUCAAGCUUCGAAGGCAAGGGAUCAAAGGUCCCCCGCCUGCUUUUGUAAUGGGUAAUAUUCCUGAGAUGAAGCGAAUCAUGUCAAUGGCUGCAGAUGCUCCACGCAGUGAAGCUCAUCUACCACUUGGAUUUUCCACUUCCACUACCUUCCCUUAUUUCACUCAGUGGACUAAGCGAUAUGGAGGAACAUUCACGUUUGCGCUUGGAAACGAACAACUUUUGUAUGUGGCCGACACCAAACUAGUGAAGGAAAUAAAUCUCAGCAAAACAUUAGACUUGGGGAAACCUUCUUAUCUGCAGAAGGACCGAGGGCCUUUACUAGGGAAGGGCCUUAUUACCUCAAAUGGUGCAGUUUGGUUCCACCAGAGGAAGACCAUAGCUCCUCAGCUCUUCAUGGAUAAGGUCAAGGGCAAUUUGAACAUAAUGGUGGAAUCUGCAAGCAACCUGGUGAGCUCAUGGCUUGGUUUAAUCGAACUUGGGAGUGGGAGUGCAGACAUAAGAGUGGAUGACUACAUUAGAAGCUUCACCUCUACUGUAAUUUCAAAGAUGAUGUUUGGAAGCCACCAUUCCAAAGCAGUUGAAUUGUUUCCGAAGUGUAGGGCCCUUAUGAAGAACUUGCAAACUCCGACAAUACUCAAAGGGAUUCCUUUCUUCAGAUAUUUACCAACCAAGGAAAAUCGGGAUGCAUGGAGACUAGAGAGAGAGAUUCACGCUUCACUUAUCGACAUAGUAAAGGAAAAUCCCGAAGCUGCAUCUGAUAAAAUGGCACAGAUUAUCAUGGAGAGUGCUAAGACUGGUGAACUUGGGCCAUCCACGCCCGACCAGUACAUAGUUGACAAUUGCAAGAAUGUGUACCUUGCUGGAUUUGAAGUGACUGCUGUGGCCACAUUAUGGGGUUUAGUUCUGUUGGCUUCAAAUCCUGAAAUUCUUAAGGUUUGUGGAGGUCAUGUACCAGAUACCAAUAUGCUUGGCAAGAUGAAACUAGUAAGUAUGCACCAAAUUAAAAUAAAGUAAAUUUGUAGGAAAUAC